CUUCCUGUCUGAGUGUACUAAAGAUUCUCGUGCUGCUUACACAAAUGUGAGCACCUGUCAUCAGCCAGCCAGAGGUGAACAUGGCUGAAGUCUCGGAGAGGACACUACAAGUCGCCGUCGUGCUCUCCUUCGCUGCCGGCUUCGUGGCGGGCUGGCAGGCCAACAGGAUGAGGAGAAACUUCCUGGACUGGAGGAAGAAAAGGCUGCAAGCUAAACUAGCAGAAACUCAGAAGAAGCUCGACCUGGCUUGAAUGGUAUAUGACUGUCUGGUCCAGGUGAACGCUGGUCUCUCUGUAAAGCUGCUGGAUUCUGGAUGUUGCUGCACAUCUGUCACUGUGGAGAAGGAAUCUUCAAGAUUACCCACCUGUGUUUUGCACUACCCACACUUUCCUACCACUAAAUCAAGACUUGAUUAUGGAAAUACAAUCAUUACCUAUACAGAGCAGCAGAUUCUUUUCUGCCCUCAGGAACUGACAUGGAAGAAGUUGGGGGAUCUGGCUUCAGUGGUUUUUCUCUGUUCCAGCAUGUGUCCAUUUCUAUCUGUUUCAUAUCUGGUCAAAUAAAUUAUUGUUUUUCAUGUUUU